AUGAGUGGGAGAAAUCGAGAACGCUCCUCGUCCGCAAGAUCAAACGCCCCGGAUAUCCCGCCAAGCCGGCGCACUGCUUCUCCCUACCGCCAGACCCCUCUCGCCUCAGACCUGGUUCUGAAGGACGUGCCCAACAUCAACAACUCAGCCUCCGCGCUCUUCGUGCCCUCUCAAGGCACUGGUUCCCCAUAUCCCUCGCUAUCCACACCUACUCCGCCUCAGCCGCCAAGCCCUCGUCCUCGUGCCCAUACCUUUGCCGAUCCAGGCGCCGCACAACAUUCGAACAAUCUCCGCCGUGGUGCUCCCCCGGCAGCCAUGUAUCAGGCUGGUGGGCGGCACGUAACUCCACAAGGCACUUCGGAUGUGCAGCGACCAUAUUUGCCCCCACCACCGCCCCCUGCGGCCAGCACACCUGUCCAGCAUGGCAUGUCACUUCCGCCGCCUCCACCUCGCCCAAUGCCACAACAUCAGCAUGGGUUGAUGAUCCCUCCCCCUCCUGGCGCUCCCCCUGGGAGCGCACAAGGCUACUGGAACAGGCACUAUCCUCCGCCGCCUACACCAGUUCAGCAUAUACAGUACAACCCCAAUGCCUACCAAGGCUAUCAACAGGCCUAUGGGAUGGGUACGCAGCCGCCACCGCAGAAUGAAAGCCAGCCUCUCACGUCAGCCACUUACAUCCCGGGCGGUGAAUCUUUCGGGCCUGGCGUAGGCAUUCCACCGCUGCACGCGCCCUCCCGUCCGUAUGCCGACCAUCCGUCCUACUACCGCGGCGGUAGCGUAGACUACACCGCAGGAACAGAUAAUCCUCGAGAUCCCGCGAGCACAAGACGCGGCAAUGAUACAACAAUCACCACGCCGGGAGAGGAAGGGUUCUAUGCUGACAGUCGGGCGUAUCAGAACGCGCCGCCAACGCCGGGUCAUCGACAACAGCCCAAUCAAGCCAUCGCGCAGGAACAUCACCCCUCUGGCCAUCCAAAUGGUCCGUCGGUCAACACCUUGAAGCGAACGGACACCUAUCAGCAACAUUCCGAUGGUACCUCAGCCAGCACGCCAAUCUCGCCCCCUGAUCCCGGCAACGAUUGGCCUAUAGACCGGGUUCUCAUCUGGCUCGCUGCGAACUCCUUCUCAAACGAAUGGCAGGAAACCUUCAAGACAUUGGACUUGCAUGGAUCUCAGUUUCUAGACAUUGGACGGGGUCAUGGCAGCAAAGGCAAUCUUGCAAUGAUGCAUCAACUCAUCUUCCCUCAGCUGGCCAAAGAGUACGCAAAAAGCGGCAACGGCAGUGAUCAGACCAAGGACCGAGACGAAGGUAAAAGACUGCGCCGCCUAGUUCGCAGGAUAAUCGACACCGGCAGCUCCAGCAGUCUGAGGCCUGCCCCCAACCGGCGCAGCUCGACUCAAUACCUUGGCAGUGCCGGUACCGAUGGUGGCCUUGAAAAUUCCCCAAACCUUAAUCAGUCGGGUGGCGUACUGUCCACGCCAGUUACCGCAGGCGGCGGAGAAGAUAGCCCGGGACGGCAUUUUCCUAUGACUCUGAAUUCGCCAGCAACGGUUCCUGCAAGGCGAUCUUCCAACACGCGCAUUUUCACGAUGCCUCCUUUGGGCCAACUGGGAGAUCAGACGUCAGAGAACGGAACUCGCAGUCAGUUUACGCAGAGCAUCCUCGGCGGCAUUGAAGAAAACCGCACGUCGAACAAGCAUAGUCCGAACGCCUCAGGCGAAUUUGGCAACCACCGUGAAGCGUUGAAGCGUUCCAGUCCCCACGCAAGCCCUAGGCUACAAAGCGCUCGACUGGCGCAGCCACCCAGCAGUAAUGUACCGGCGCCGUCAUCUGGCCGUUACUAUCACAACAAAACCAAUAGCGCUGAGUCGAAUAUGUCAAAUACCGCCGCGUAUAAUGCUACUCAACCGCCUAGCCAAAUCAUUGACACCCGUCGCAAUGCAACUGAAGGGGCGCGUCCACCUCCGAUAGACUCCGCCCCACGGUCUAACAGCGACGAACCAACAAGCGCAAAGGAACACAAAGGAUUCCUAGAAAGAUUCAGGAGAAGGAAGAAGGACGACACUCACCCUUCGCCCGAAGAGUCAAGCCUAGACUCCCCAACCUCCCCGGGCGGACUCCACUACGAGCGGCCUAAAGCACUCUUUGCCCGGUCCACGAUGAACUCCAGUCAGACUUCUUUGAACGAGCGGCCCCCGUCUAGAAGGCAAGUGGAGCCUGAAAAGCCAAGUGGCGCACCUCCGCCUGAAAGAGCCCCUGUAAGAGAUCCAGAAACGAGAAAGUUCGUCUUCGCAACUCCAGACGGCUGGAAUUUCCGCCUCAUCGAAAUCACCGACGUCGCUUCAGCAGCGGCGUUGCGCAAUGAGAUAUGCAAGGGCCUUGGGAUAGUUAGCACAUCAGACGUAACCCUUCAUCUUACCGCGCCUGGCCAGAAGGAAUACGACGAGGCACUCAAUGACGGCUUGCUGAUGCUAGCUCGUGCCAAAUUCGCCGAUCCACAGGGAAGUCUGAAGAUAUUUGUCAAUUCUCCUGCACCGGCGCCGGGGUCUGCUGGUCUUGGACUGGGAUUUGCAAGCAACCUGAACUCUCCUUACGGCAGAAUGUCUUUCUCUGGCAGACCGAUCGAUGAUGUUACCUGUGCACGUUUAUACGGAACUCUGCCUUUCCAGCCAGACUCGCCUGUUGUCGGGUCAGAGGAAUCAACACUGGUACCAGCCAAGGCCGAGGCCGUACGAAUCAUGGCCAAAGGUAGAGAAACGUCGACCGAGGUUGUCGGGCAACGGAUGCCUAGGGGUGACCGAACUUGGGAAGUUGAAGGUGAUGUGCCUGAGACUGAGAGGCGGCAGCUAGAACAGAAGGCCGAAGAACAUCGGAAGAUGAACGAGCAAAAGCAGAAAGCCUACCUUGAUGAGCGGAGGCGGCGACUUGGGCAGGAAUCGCCUGUUGAAGGAUCCAAUGGGGUUGGGAUAAGAGGACGUGGCGUCAACUUCGACACCCGGCGAGACUCACCUUAUGAAGAGACGACGAAGCAGUUUGAGGCGAAGGCUAAGCCGCUGGUUCCGAUGCGAGAAGCUCCGCCAAAGCCUCCAGUAGAGACUGAUACCCUAAUCAAGGCGAAUUCGCUCAGCAAGAAAACCGGCGGCAAGGUCAGGACUUCGUGGUCGGAACAGGACGAGGCUCAGCGAAAGCGUCGGUCCGGAGAGCGCGCUGCCGAAGCAGCGGGUAUGGAUGCAGCUCAUCGCGCCCGACGGAAGGCUAUACCUGACGGUCCUUCCAUUACUUCUGGCAUAGGCGCCGCUCUGAUAGGAGCAGGCAAGCUCAGCGGCCUUGUCGGCGCACCCACAGCGCCCACUUCUGCUCCACCCCCUCCGCCAACCACCUCUCCACCUGCGCCUCCAUCUGAGAAGGACACGAAACCACGACGCGCCAUGGCGUCUGUAGACUUCAAGGAGCCGGGAACUGCAAGUCCAGGUGGGUCACCUCGCAGCCCGAGCUACACGCUCAGCAAGGGCAACAUGAUGUUUAAGAUUCCUGACUAUGAGGAAGAUGUGCCCGAAGAUGUUGUUCUUGGCAAGCCUGCCCUGACACUGCAAAUGCCAGCCAAGAAUCCGUUGAUCGCGAAGCUGCAAGCUGAGCAAGGUGCGGUGAGGGGUGGGGCUAGCCCUGAGGUCAGCCCAAGUACGACGCAGGCACCGCAGCCGAACCUCUCAAGGGUCGCGAGCAGGAAAAGCUACGGUCCAAGCUUGGAUUUCCAGGAACCCGACGUUGCUUUUGAGAGGAAGCCGCCGGUUGCUGCUCAGCAGGAUUCUGAUGAUGACUCUGAUGACGGGUUAUUCGCGAUGCCACUUUCGAAGAAGCAGCCUACUCCUGUGCCGACUCCACAGCCUUCCGUGAACGGAGACUCGCCUAAGCAACGGCCUUCACUUUCCGUCAAGACCUCCCGAUCGAGAGUGCGAGUCGAGUCACCCAGGAGAUCAGCCGAGCACAGCGCCACGACCAGCCACACCGAAAGCGACCACAGGGACUCACAACCGGGCGGCGACCGCUCUGCGCCCCCAUCUGCCAGCUCGCCCUGGCCUGCCGAUUCUCCAGACGAGUCCCUCAGGUACGCUCGGAAUAGAAAAUCGUUCGCAAGCGACGUGUGGGCGAAUAGACCUCCCGCCGAAGCACUCGUGGAGCAUCUUGACGAGUUCUUCCCGAACGUCAACCUCGACCAACCCCAGCCCGUCAUCGAGGAAGAGAUGGAGCAGCUUCCCUCGCCCAUAACGUCCGGCAACUUGACCGGUUCAAGCUCCGCGCCCAGCCGAACAACCACUCCCGGCACCUCCGCGGACGAAGCCGACACGCUCGGCUCAGACGAAUCGACGCUCAAGCGAGGCGACACCAUCAAGACAGUCGCGCAGCGCAACAUCCGCAAGAGCGGCGGGCUCGGCCGCGCCAAGUCUAUCCGCGAGGUCGUCAAGGGCGCCUACCAGCAGCCAGGCACACGCGCCCUGCCCGGCCCAUCCCGCGUCAACACGCUGCGGGGCGGCGACAUCGUGCGGCGCAAAUCGACCAAGAUGUUCGGCGCGCGCAUCGAGCAGGUCAAGCCGCCGCGCGGCUCCCGCCUCUUCCAGCUCGACACCAUCCCGCAGGCGCACAGCCCGGUCCCGCAGCGACAGCCGACAUUCCGCUGGGUUAAAGGCCAGCUGAUCGGCAAGGGCACCUUCGGGCGCGUGUACCUGGGCAUGAACGUCACGACGGGCGAGCUGAUUGCCGUCAAGCAGGUGGAGGUGAACCCGAAAGCGGCCGGGCAAGACAAAGACAAGAUGCGCGAGAUGGUGAAGGCGCUAGACCAGGAAAUCGACACGAUGCAGCACCUGGACCACGUCAACAUCGUGCAGUACCUCGGCUGCGAGCGCAAGGAGUAUUCCAUCUCCAUCUUCCUCGAGUACAUUCCCGGCGGCAGCAUCGGCUCCUGUCUGCGCAAGCACGGCAAGUUCGAGGAGCCCGUCGUCAGCUCCCUGACGCGGCAGAGCCUGAACGGUCUCGCCUAUCUGCACAGAGAGGGUAUCCUCCACCGCGACCUCAAGGCCGACAACAUCCUCCUCGACCUCGACGGCACUUGCAAGAUCUCAGACUUCGGCAUCAGCAAGAAGACUGAUAAUAUCUACGGCAACGACGCCACAAACAGCAUGCAGGGCUCCGUCUUCUGGAUGGCCCCGGAAGUCAUACGGAGUCAGGGCCAGGGCUACUCCGCAAAAGUCGAUAUCUGGAGCCUCGGGUGCGUCGUGCUGGAGAUGUUUGCCGGGUCGAGGCCGUGGAGCAAGGAGGAGGCUAUCGGCGCUAUUUAUAAACUCGGGAGUCUGAACCAGGCUCCGCCGAUCCCGGAUGAUGUUUGUCAAAGCAUUAGUCCCGCGGCGAUUAGUUUCAUGUAUGAUUGUUUUACGAUUGACCCAGCCGAUCGUCCAACAGCGGAAACGCUCCUGAGAAGCCCAUUCUGCUUCACAGACCCCCAUUACAACUUCUGCGACACGGAACUCUACGCCAAGAUCAGGCCGUUGGAUCGCCAGCCAUGGGAUCUAGGGCAGGGACAGCAAGGGCAAGGACAGGGGCAGCAGCAGCAACAACGAUAA